CCGCAGCGCAUGGCGCGCUCCCCGCUGCUGCGGCGGCACGGCGUCCCGGAGUGCAUCCUGCUGGUCACGCAGCGCAUCACCAAAUACCCGGUGCUCAUCGAGCGCAUCCUGCGCAACUCCCGAGAGGACGAGGCGGAGGCGGCGGAGCUGAGCCGCGCCCUGGCGCUGGUGAAGGACCUCAUCUCCGCCAUCAACGCGGAGGUGCGCGAGUACGAACUGCGCAUGCGCCUGUACGACGUGUACCGCCGCGUGGACGGCCGCGCCAAACUGCAGCUGCGCGCCGACGGCCGGCCCGGAAGCGGAAACGACGCCGGAAGCGGCUGCGCCACCUUCGGGCGGGACGAACUCCUGCGCCGGAAGUUGCUGCACAGCGGCUGCGUCCUGUGGAAAACCGCGGCGGGGCGCUUCAAAGACGUGCUGCUGCUGCUGAUGACGGACGUCAUCGUGUUCCUGCAGGAGAAGGACCAGAAGCUCUCCUUCCCCACCACGGUCAGCCCCACGCCGCCCCACACG